AUGUCGGGCUUCGAAAUCGAGUUACCUUCGUCGCCCGACCCUUUGGGCGACGAGUCGAUAGUCAUCCCGCCCGGUUCCGCCGCGCCGCCUCCUCCGUCUACGACGCGUCGCCCGUUUCAGAGCGCCGCCUCCUCUCGAUUCUCCGCAAUCCCAGGAACGUCGCCUCGAAAGCGCAUGUUCGCCCUCGAUGUUGGCAACGAGAUCACCCCUCAGACAAUCUACGUCACCGUGGAAGCUGGUCCGGAUGGCAAUCCCAUAACGAGGCCUGGCGGUGCUGGUGUUGGAGGCGCGAACGUGAGGCGACUCCUGUUUGGAUCACCAACCCCCCAGCCGAGCCCACGUCGGGGAGCGCGGACGACCACGACGACCGUACCCCUCAGAGGCUUGACGGACGAUGAAGGCGACCCGACACCACGGAGGCGCAGGCGCUCGUCUACCAGGCCCGGGACACCAGCGACGGCCGGCGCCAAGAGGAAGAAGAAAGGCACCCCAACACCCAAGGCUACGAGGAAACCACGAGGCACUCCCGUUGCUAGCAGUGAUGCCCUGCAAUCAGAAGCACCCGCGACCGUGGAAAAGCCGACACCCGCCAGGAAGAGAGGCAGGCCGCCCAAGCGCAAAGCGGAGACUGCACCCUCAGACCAAGAUAGCCACGCCCCGCCACAGGUUUCAACAACUAAAAAGCCAGGUCGAAAACGUCAAAAGUCGAUCCAGGCGGAUGACACCGACGAGCUCACAACAACUGGCAUCAACUUAUAUCCGCUUCAGAGCCACGACCGGCAGGCCUCACAAAAUACAGACGACACCAACGAGCGUCUUUCGCUAGAGAAAGUUGCUGAAGAUGGAGGUGCCGCGUACCAGGAUGACGGCGACGAGGAAGACCCUUUCCUGGCUCAGUUAUCAGACCCACCUCGCGAUGCGCACCCCUCCCCGACGGCAGAACAGGCCAUGGAACCCUCAGAGUCUUUUGACGAAACCCAGUUCGAACAGCAACAUUCUCAAGGGCCGCUUCCGGGCGAGUCGGACGACUACGCUCCCAUGAUGGACUUCGACGAGAGAAGUGACGUGGACUCACACCAUGACGAACCUGUAACUUUAAAUGCGCAAGCCGAACAUGGAACACUGGAGCUGGAAGACCAAGGCCCUCUGCCGGGCGAGUCCGAAGAUUAUGCGCCUAUGAUGGACCGCGAUGAUGGGAGCGAUACACAGUCGCGUCACAGCGAAACAACACCUAGAGCCUCGCGACGUGUCAGACAUGACCCCAUGGAACUAGAGGAUCAGGGGCCUUUACCCGGGGAGUCGGACGACUAUGCUCCUAUGAUGGAGGUCGAUGAUAGAAGUGACGCCAAGUCUCAUCACAGCUUCCACCCGGCUAGGAGUGAGGACGCGACGGACAAUACCGUGGACCCAGACACAUUCACCAUGAUUGGUAUUGAGACAAUGCCCUCUUUUCAAGGAAACAGGGGCGCACCAACGUCAGAUCUGCCCGAGAUAGGAGAGACGACAAGUUUGCUCAUCAACAAGACGCUAGAAUCGCUGAGACAAGAGAUGGAUGCGACAGACGAAGAAAAUGACGAUGUCGACUUACUUGGAUCGCGGGAUCAGACACCUGCUGAGGCAAACCCGGACAGGGCGCAUAAUGUGUCGUCUGGGAGGAAACAGACCUCUCCACAGAGGAGCCAGAUGCCACAGUCCCGACAGAGUCAAUCUUCCGAGCCCCCCUUACAGCCCCCCAAAGCUAGUUUUCCACUCGAGUAUGCUGCACCGCAGCCACUGCAGAAGAACAAGCAAUCUCCUGCUCAGCCGAUACGAGUACAGGAUAACAACAAUGUCGCAGAAAUGAGCGACGACGAGCUGAAUGCCGACGACGAUUCCUUCUCCGAUAUUCCAGAGGAAGUCUUUGCGGCUGUGGAACCUCAAGAAGAGAUGCCGCAAUCUGCAAGAAGUCCUAGUGAAGAUGAACUCAGCAUGGCUGUCGUGCCCGCCCAACACUCGGCGCCGGACGCGGAUUGCAGUCAAGAGAUUACCCCAAGCGAUUCCCAGAAGAGUGACAUUCCCGAAAGUCCAAAGUCCCCGGCCGAACACCUCGGCCGCAGCCAAGUCGACGACGGCGACUUCCUCCAUCGCUCUGCGUCCCGAUCCGCCCAAUCCGGGAGACGGUCCAGCCAGGCCACGCAGCAGAAUGAGCCGACUUCCUCCAGCAAUCAAAGCAUUCCCGCGACGAAUCAACCUCAUGAAGAGCAAAGUAUGUUUGUCGACCGUGAUGAUGAGAUAGGUUCUUCCCCACCAGAAAUCACAACCUUCGAUCGAGAGGAUGAACAACCAAUGCAAGACUCGCGCCGGAGCUCGGAUACACCCGCGAACCGACCGCCCUCAAUCCAUCUGCAGCCCGCGCAAGCAAGGGAGGCAAAUGCUGCAAUCUUCCCCUCCCAAUCACCUGGUCCUCGACCAUUCCUCUCUCCGAUUGUGCGUGUUGGCGAGAGAUUGCAGAACAUCUUGUCCGACCCUCCCUCUCCGUCCGCGAGAAGCAGUGUCCUGGGGAGCCCUUUUAAAGGAUCCGUCAGGAAAUCUAGCUUGGACGCGCCCUCGGACGAAGAGGCUGUGCACAGGGAUACGUCUUCCAACGCCACAUUGCAUAAUCCCCCAGCGCCCCCCGAACCACCAAAGAGCACCUGGACUCAGUCUCUUUUCUCACUCAGCCAUCUGAAAAGCCUUGUCACAGAAGGAACGAAGAGGAUUACUUCUCCCCAGGUUAAUGUCACGCAAACUUGGGAGGAUCCGUUUGGGCCGUCAUCCCCCGCUAAGGACCGAGGGGGAAGUGCUCGCAACUCGGCUUUCAUGGAACGUAUUAGGCAGGCGUCACGUGAAGGCAGUGUGCAUAGUAGCAGAGCCAGUGUCGCAAAAGCGACUAUAGGGGAGGUGGACGACAGAAGUUUGUCGGGAGACCCUGCACCUCGAGGACUAAGCAGCAACUGGAGAGGUGAGAUGUCACGGAAGCCCGGUCUGCUCGGUUCAGAGGUCUUUCCGGGUCACGCGCAUGUUGGGUCUGGCAGUGGAUGGGACGGGGCAGCGGACCGUCUACCAGAAGAACCGCGGACCGAUGACACUCUUUUGCAGCCAGCCGAGGAUCAAGCACCUGAGAUCGAAAGCGUCCGGUAUCCGCAGCUUCACGAGGAAGUAAUCCAAGAGGGAAGGAUCCAAACGCGAUCGAAGGAGGAUGCGAUGCAGAUUGACGAGGCACCGCUUGAUGGGGAUGGGUCUGAUGACGAAGACGUCUGGGCCAUUGAAGCAGACAGGACAGCUUCGUCUCCGACAGCUCAAAAGCGAGCCAACGAAUCGAUCAACGAGUCGUUCAACGUUUUUGCGAGAAGUGGGCUGUCUAUUGACUGGGGAACACGAAGCACCAUCUCACAGACCCUGCCUCCUGGCAGGAGCCCGGCUUUUAAGCAGUCGACCCGUGGCGUCCCUCAAGACAUGCCUGAGAAUCUCGAGGACUAUUCACUUCUUGAUCUGCACAGUGGUACUUCCACCCAGCCUUCCGCGAAGAAGCCCACACCAGAGCAACAGAAACAGCCAAAGAGGGUGGAUCUGUCGGACUUCUUCUCGUCUUCUCCCAAUUUUAUAGAGCGGGAACAAAGGGCUAGGACAGCAUUGAAAGCGAGGUCCAUAGCUCAGAGUUCAGCUGAGAGUCAUGCCGCUCAGAUUACUGCGCCAGGAACACUGCACGACACGCAAAAUGCCCGAAUCCCGCCCCAGAGGCAGCCAUCAUGGGAUAGCCGGCUCUCGGAUGAGCUGCCGUCGCCAGCCCCGGCAGCUGACCAGCCCUUUGGACAGGAUGCAACGGGUCACUUAUCGUCCGAGUCCACACCCACGCCGGAGCGGCCGCGCCUUACACAGCAGCGUCUUGCUCCUCGCCCUAGCCAAAACGAUGCAGCUUUGUUCGAAAACUGGGAAGUGUCGUCGUGUCGAGCACCGACAGAACGCCUGCAUGUCUCGGAUCCCAUAAGCGACGCACAGCCGAGUUCUCCGCAGGCCAUUGAGCGGCCUAGCACCCCUGUGGAUCCCGAAGAGUCCUCAUUUGAGGCCCCCACGCUGAAGCCACUCCCUGGCCGGACUAUGUCACCGUCCAAAUCUUGCUUGAGAUCUCCGCUAAAACCCAAGACGCCUGGACGCGUGGUGGAGUUCACAAGCAGCACUCUCUCCCCGAUGGCGCAAGGCCAGGCCCGAGCCGGGGCCCAGGUCAAGAACCCGAUCACAUUGGGCCGCCCUCCUUCCCUCUCGCCCCGCCGCUCUCCCAGAGGCAAGGAGAAUCAACCGUCGGCGCUCAAAUCCUACAUCCACUCCUCCCCGCACCACAAGCACCUGAGUUCCAGCCAGCAGCAGAAGCAGCAAGAAGAGCCGGCCGACUCCCCGCUCUCGCAGACCAAAUGGACCAAGAGGCACUGGCUCCUGCUGGACGAGCUCCUGCAGGCCUACCGGCGCAACGCCCUCGACUUCCAGCUCCGGCAUAGCGAUGCCGUCAUGGCCUCGCCCAAGAAGCGCGCGUCGAGCUCGCUGCUCGGCAAGAUGGUCACGUCGCAGGGCGAGAGGAUGGCACUUGAGCAGUGGCACCUGGACAUCGUCGACGCGUUUAAGAGGGACGUCGGCGGGUGGCCCGAGGACGCGCUCGCCAAGCGGCUCUUUUCCCUGAUUGUUGGCGAGGAGAGGAGGAGAGUCGGGCUGGUGCCCAAGAGACGAUGA